UUCAAAUUCAAAUAUCUAAAAGAAGUUUGAUUAUAAAUGAGGAUGGGGAUCCUAUUCUUUUUAAUUUCAUGUCUGCUUUUACUUACGAAUCAUCAUCACCUGUUUUGUCCAGUGGAGGCAACGCAGAACUUAGAAUAUCCAUAUUCAUUUAUGACAGCAGAUGCUGAAAAGGCUGCUGCGAGAAAGUAUGAUUACAUUAUCGCUGGAGGAGGUACAGCUGGAUGUCCUCUUGCAGCAACACUGUCACAGAAUUAUUCUGUUUUGGUAUUGGAGAGGGGAGGCUCUCCCUAUGGAAAUCCCGUCACUGCAGACAAUAAAGACUUUUUCAAGGUUUUUGGCAACGCCAGUGAUUAUCCCUAUGAACUUGAGGGAUUUGUGACAGAAGAUGGGGUGCAGACGACAAGGGGAAGGGUUCUGGGAGGUGGAACAUCCGUCAAUGCUGGCUUCUACAGCAGGGCAAGCCUUCAAUAUAUUCGUUCUGCGGUCCGGGAUGGACUUUUGGAAGCUGGGGUGCUUCCUUAUCAUGGGUAUACUCUGGAUAAUUUGGCAGGCACCAAGAUAAGUGCUACAAUUUUUGAUAAGAAAGGUAGUAGACACACAGCUGCAGAUCUCUUACACUAUGCAAAUCCAGAUAACAUUGUAGUUCUUCUGAAUGCUACAGCCAGCAGAAUCCUCUUUGAUUCCUCAACAGGGAAGCUGAAAGCCAGUGGUGUCGACUUCAUCAGUAGCACCGAUGGCAAGUCUUAUCAAGUAUCAGCCAACAAAUCAUCAGAUCUGAGUGAGGUUAUUUUGUCCGCAGGACCCAUAGGUAGCCCCCAACUUCUACUAUUAAGUGGAAUAGGCCCAUCAGAUGAGUUAGAAAAAUUGAAUAUUACUGUGCAUUUAGAUCUGAAAUCAGUAGGGAAAGGGGUUCAAGAUCCACCUCGUUCAACAGUUGUCAUCGAAUCUCCUAAACCAUUGGAAUUUGGUAACAUACAGGUUGUAGGUAUAAUAGACAAGUCAAACAUUUACAUUGAGCCUACUAGCUAUUUCAGAGAAAUAAAUGCCACUCAUAAACAAUAUUUAGGUGCAAUAUUUAGUAAAGUGGCAUAUCCCUUAUCAAGGGGUGAGCUGUGGCUUAGAAGCAAAGAUCCCCUAGAUACUCCUUAUGUAAGAUAUAAUUAUUUUUCUAAUCCUUUAGAUCUACAAGAAUGUAUGGUUGGUGUGAAGACAUUGUCUCAUAUUAGCAUGACAUCUUCUAUUCAAGAGUAUGCAUUUAAUGUUAGUGGAAACACAAAGAUGCUUCGAUUUAGUGGAUCGGCACUGCCAGAAAAUCCAUCAGACAAUGAUGCCUUGGCCAAGUUUUGCAAAGAUACACUAGCAUCAAUAUGGCAUUAUCAUGGAGGAUGUCAAGUUGACCUUGUUAUUGAUCAAAGGUAUUGUGUCAAAGGCAUUGAUAAUCUAAGGAUUGUUGACAAUUCUAUUUACAAGGAUAGUCCAGGGACAAAUCCUCAAGCCACUACUAUGAUGCUUGGAAGGUACACGGGUCUUCGCAUCCUCCAAGAACACAUGCAAAAUUAA